AUGAGUGCCACCACCACUAUAGUUGCGACUCAUGCAUUGGAAAAGGCAGAGCCGUCGCAGGGAACCCCAGAACCAAAGUCUCCCCGCGAGAUUCAUGGCAUCUCAUGGGUUUUAGUUGUUAUGAGCAUCAUAUCCUGCGUCUUCCUCUUCGCCCUAGACAAUACGAUCGUCGCCGAUGUCCAACCCGCCAUUAUCAAAGAAUUCGGGGAUCUUGAAAUGCUGCCUUGGAUAUCUGUGGCCUUUCUGAUCGGCGCCGCGAGUACACUGCUGGCUUGGAGCAAAGGAUACGGACAGUUCGACUGCAAAUGGUUGUAUAUCCUGACCACCCUCAUUUUUGAGGUCGGUUCGGCCCUCUGCGGCGCCGCUCCCAACAUGAGUGCCUUUAUUGUCGGUCGUGCUAUCUGUGGUCUUGGUGGUGCAGGUAUGUAUCUGGGAGUGAUGACUCUUCUGACCAUUUUGACGACACCCACCGAGCGACCGAUGUAUUUGGGAAUGGUGGGAAUGAUUUGGGGUGUGGGUACAGUUCUGGGCCCGAUUGUAGGAGGCGCUUUCACUGACAGCCCUGCUACAUGGCGUUGGGCCUUCUACAUCAACCUGUGCAUCGGGGGUCUCUUUGCCCCGGUCUUCUUGUUUAUGAUUCCUAGUAUCGAUCCUCGCCCUGGUGUCUCCUUGAAAUCACGACUGGCCGAAAUCGACUUUCUCGGUACGACACUCUUCAUCGGCGUCUUUGUAUCCGGAAUCAUGGCCAUUGCAUUCGGCGGUCUCCUCUAUGGGUGGGACAGCGCGCAAAUUAUCGCUCUCUUCGUCUGCUCCGGCGUCCUCGCAAUUCUCUUCUUCCUCCAACAACACUUCCUCAUUCUAACCACUUACCAACGCCGAAUCUUCCCGCUGCAAUACUUCAAGGACAAAGAGAUGGUGAUUCUCUUCAUCGAAACCGCUGCGGCCGGCACGUCGUCCUUCAUCCCGAUCUAUUUCGUCCCCUUAUUCUUCCAAUUCGUGCAGGGUGACGGCGCCCUCCAAGCAGGUGUGCGUCUCCUCCCAUUUAUCGUCCCUCUUGUGGUCUUCAACCUCGUCAACGGCGCCGCAAUGAGUACCCUGGGUUACUACAUGCCGUGGUAUCUCGCCGGCGGCGCAUUGGUCAUCGUGGGCGGCGCUCUGCUGGAAGUUACGCACCUAAACACCAGCGUGGCUCAGAUCUACGGCGCCCUAGUUGUAGCCGGUAUAGGGACGGGAUCGUUCUCGCAGACCGGCUUCUCAGUCGCCGCAUCCCUCGUUCCUCCCGAGGAGACCUCAACCGCGGUGGGAUUCAUGACUUGUGGCCAGAUCGGAGGAUCCGCUGUCGCUCUGUCUGUGGCAAAUACUAUCUUCCUGAAUCGGGCGACGGUCCAGAUUGCGCGGUUACUGCCGGGGGAGACUAUUUCUGCUGUUCAGGGUAUGGUCUCCGGGGCUAAUGGAGCGCUGCUUGAGUCGCUGGGUGGGGAUCUACGAGGACGUGUUCUAGAUGCGAUUGUGCGCGCGAUCACAGAUGCGUUGGUGUUGGAGCUUACGUCUGGGGCGUUGGCGGUUCUACUGGCGCUUUUUCUGAGGCGGACGAAGAUUAAUCACGAUCCGGCUAAUGCUGCGUUCAUGUGAUUUUGGGGGGGUCCUUCCUAUUCGAUGGGGAACAUGCUCCUGAUUACUACUAGACUUGCUUUUUCGGGAAUGUGUGGA